AUGCACUUAACUUGGUGUCGACUAUUGGCCGGUGUUUUAAGUAUAUCAGUAUUUGUCUGUUUGAUUCUGUAUAAUUCACUGGAAACACAAACUUUCGAACACAAACGGAGUUAUCAAGACCAACAGUUUGAGUUGGAGAAACUGGAAAAACAAAUCAGUCUAUUAGAAGAUGAUGCGAAAAGGAGUGGUCAGUUGAUGCAUGACAUGUUACAGAAGGUUCUGAAAGAACGUCAACAAUUGAAAAGUGAAACUGGCAAACAAAUGGAAGAUGAAGAAAAAGGAAGAGAAGUUGUGGAUGAAGCUGCUGUUGGUUUUUUGCCGCCUCCAAAAAAAGCUGAACAAAUUGAAAAAGAGGCUCGUAAUGCGGAAGAAGCUGCGCAACAGAAAGCUCAAGAAGAACAAGCGUUACAUGGAGUCAUUCAUCCUCCAGAAGAACCGCAAAAGGCUGAGGAAAUGUCGAAUAAAAUAGGUGGAAAGGUUGCUAUUGUUAGGCAGUUUUUGGAUCAAAUUUCUUCUGUUCCACCACAUAGUGUGUGUUUUGCGACUAUAUCCAUGACAAUACCCGACGAUAGCAAUAUCCAAAUGUUGGACAUAUAUAGUAAAAUACCAUUUGAUGAUCCAGACGGUGGAGUCUGGAAACAAGGUUAUGAUAUUGUGUACAGUCCGUCGUCGGUACGACGUGAAAAAAAACUUGAAGUAAUUGUAGUACCCCAUUCACAUAACGACCCAGGUUGGAUAAGAACUUUUGAAGAAUAUUAUGAAAGUCAAACACGAAAUAUAUUGAAUGGUAUGUUAAACCAUUUGCAAAAAAUGGAUGAAAUGCGUUUCGUUUAUGCAGAAAUGAGCUUUUUUGAACGAUGGUGGGCAGAAAUUGAUGAAGAGAAGCGAGAAUUAGUGAAACAGCUUUUGAAAUCACAAAAGUUGGAAAUAUUAACUGGUGGAUGGGUGAUGCCCGACGAAGCUAAUUCACAUUAUUAUGGAUUGAUUAGUCAGCUAAUGGAAGGACAUGAAUGGAUUCAAAAUCAUAUUGGAGAAGAUUACAAACCAAGGAAUCACUGGUCUAUUGAUCCUUUUGGUUUAAGUCCAACAAUUUCAUACUUUAUGAAAUUGUCGAAUUUUUCGAAUGGUGUUCUUCAAAGAGUUCACUAUUCGGUGAAAAAGUACUUGGCACAAAGGAAAGAGUUGGAAUUUAUGUGGAGACAGUUAUGGGGCAAUCGUGAUAAUUCAACAGACUUUGCUACACAUGUAAUGCCGUUUUUUUCGUAUGAUAUACCUCACACAUGUGGUCCGGAUCCGAAGAUAUGUUGUCAAUUUGACUUUAGACGUACUGCUGCAGGUGAUAUUGAUUGUCCAUGGAAAUUGCCGGCAGUUGAUAUUACCGAGAAUAAUGUUAAGAAAAGGGCGGCAUUACUAUAUGAUCAAUAUAGAAAAAAAGCACAACUCUUCAAAACAAAUGUUGUUUUGGUGCCAUUAGGUGAUGAUUUUCGUUACGAUACAGAAUUUGAGUGGAAUAACCAAUAUGCAAAUUACAUGAAAUUAUUUAUGUAUAUGAAUGCACAAAAUGAAUGGAAUGUAAACGCUCGUUUUGGAACUCUGAAUGAGUAUUUUCGUUUAGUUCAUGAACGUUUAAGUGAAAAUAAGGAGAAUUUACCUGUUUUAUCCGGCGAUUUUUUUACAUAUGCAGACCGAAAUGAUCAUUAUUGGAGCGGAUAUUAUACGAGUCGACCAUUUCACAAGCGUUUUGAUCGUAUUUUACAACACUAUGUCAGAACUGCUGAAAUUUUAUAUAGUUUUAUGGGAAUGAAAGGACUGGAGAAAAGAAAUGCAUUACGUUUAUUCGGACUACUUGUGGAAGCUCGACGUUGGAUGAAUUUAUUCCAGCACCAUGAUGCUGUUGCCGGCACAUCAAAAGAUGAAGUUAUGGCUGACUAUGGCCACAAAAUGGCUGAUGCAAUGAAAGGUUCUGAAGAAAUUAUACUCACAGCUGCAGAUUUUUUGCUUCGAAGAAAUGCAUCACGAAAUUCUUCGGUCUCUCCAAGCCUCUUGAUGGAAGAAAGUCAUGGUACAUCUGAAUCACUUCCGAAAAAACGAGUUGUGAUGCAUGGGAGUGAAAUUAUUUUAUUCAAUUCACUGGGAAGCCUAAGGAUGGAAACGAUAUGUGUUCAUGUUAAUGCUUUGGACACGGUAGUAGUUCUAGCAUCAGAGCCCGAUGUGACGAUUUUGCAACAAAUUGGUCCAGUUCUUGAAUUCGUUAAUAAUAAAUGGGUAAUCGAUUCAAAAUUAUAUGAGCUUUGCUUCGUUUCUCGCAUACCUCCGUUAAGCUUCCAGAAAUAUUUCUUUAAAUCCGGUAUUCAACAUGAGAAAGCUGUGAUCCGAUUGAGUUUUACUGGGUUGCAAAGCAGUGACUUUGAUGUUGCACCACUGGGAGAUUUUACUUUUGAUAAUGGCUUAAUAUCAGCAUCAUUUGAUCCAAAAACAGGUCAUUUGGUCUCUGUAUCAUUAAAACAAGGGAAGAACAUACCAGUAAAAAUGUCGUUUGUCUGGUAUGAAGCGAGAAUGAAGAGCCCAUCACCUCUGAAAGGUACCGAUAAUCCUCCUGGUGCAUACUUAUUUCUACCGAAUGGCCCAGCAAAACCAUUAGAAAUUAAACAAUCAUUUAUAGCUGUCCAAGGGAUGAUAAUGCAAAAAGUAUUGCUAGCUAAUCAUGGAAGCAUGAUCUUCACUCAUGUUGUAAAAAUACCACUGUUAUCACCAUCGGUAGAGUUCGAAAAUACAUUUCAUUUGGAUAAUGUCCAGAAUGUUGAGUUAGCAAUGCGAUUGGAAGCAGGAAUUGAUAAUGGGGAUGAGUUUUUUACUGAUCUUAAUGGAUAUCAGAUGGUGAAGCGACGUAGAUUCAAGCAACUACCACUACAAGCCCACUUCUUUCCCAUGUCUUCCUCAGCAUUCAUAGAAGAUGACACGUUGCGGAUGACGCUUUUGAGUGCUCAACCUUCAGGAGUUGCAAACCUUGCCAGUGGACAAAUGGACAUAAUGUUAGAUCGACGCUUAAAUCAGGAUGAUGGAAGAGGCCUUUUCAGUGGUGUUACGGAUAAUAGAAAAACCACAAGCUCUUUCCGACUUCUAUUUGAAGUUCCUUCUCAAAAUGUGCCGAUGAAUGCGAAAGCCAGAGUUACUGCUUAUCAUUCGGCACAAACUUACGGUCUAAUGCUAUCAUUGUUGUAUCCGCCUGUAGUAUUGCUGAAUAGUUUGAGUGAAGAUUAUAUCAAUAAUUAUAAUUUGAUGAAUACUAUAUUCUCAUGUGAUAAUACACAUCUGAUUACUUUUCGUACCUUAGCAGCUCCAACAAUUUACGGUGCUCAUUCGGCUCGUAUUCAUACUCCCCGAAAUUCAUAUGCUCUUGUUUUGCAUCGCUUUGGUAUUGAUUGUCGUUUUACUACUGAAUUGUUGGAAACGUGCAAUGCUACGCUUAAUGUAAAGCGCUUAUUCAUGAAGACACCUUCACAUGUAACAGAAACAUCGCUAACAAUGUUAUACGAUUAUCCUGGUGACGUGAAUGAUGUAUUAUUAGAACCAAUGCAAGUGCGAACAUUUAGGCUGGACUACACAUGA